AUGCAGCCGUUGAGUGCUAAUAAUAUGCCCCUUAUUCCCGUAGGUCUACUAAAAUCACAUCCGGAAGGUAUAUUGGCUGGACCAAUCAGCGAAGACAAUUUCUUUGAGUGGGAAGCUAUAAUAUGUGGCCCGGGAGGCUCGCCUUACGAAGACGGGGUGUUCGCUUCCACACUGAGCUUCCCCCGCGAUUACCCGCUGUCACCGCCCAGGAUGAAAUUCACGUCCCCAAUGUACCAUCCAAACA